AUGCGGCUCGAGCGCCGCAACAUUACAAGCAACCUCCCAUCAACUCCAUCUACACACCAGUCUGCCCCACCUGAUGAAGGUGACUUGUUUUGUUUUACGGCCGAUGACGAUUCCAUGCCCAUGGAUGAUAUUUUGGGCGACAAUGAGACCUUGCAUCAAAGGCGCAAGCAGAUGGCUGCAGAUAACCCUAUCCUUGUUUGGAAGGAGGAACGAGACACUUAUCUUGCAGAACUGAUUCGAUUAGACGGGCGUGGUGAUAGUUCUAGCGAUGUGUGUGGGGAAUGUUGUGCCCCUGCACAAUUUCGAUGUUUGGAUUGCGAUGAUUUGCAGUUAUACUGUCGUGGGUGCACUGUGGCCAAUCACUUGCGAUCUCCUACCCAUCGAAUCCAGGAAUGGACUGGGGUUUUUUUCCAGGCAGUGUCAUUGAAGGAUCUUGGCCUUCGUGUCCAGCUUGGGCAUCCUGUCGGCCAACGCUGCAUUCUCCCUCAACAGGUGUCCAAAGACGAGUUCGUGCUAAUAGACACAAACGGAAUCCAUGAACUCGGGUUGGAUUUCUGUGGUUGUGAAACUUCGAACUCGCAUGUCAGACAGCUUCUUCGCCAUGGAUGGUUCCCAUCAACGGCAACUGAUCCGAGGACUGCAGCUACCUUUCGACUACUGCGUCACUUCCAAAUUCUAUCAUUCGAGUCCAAAGCGUCCGCCUACGAAUUUUACCACUCACUAGUUCGUCUGACGGACAACUCGGGUCUCACAAAACCCAAGGACCGCUACAAUGCGUUCUUGCGAAUGGUUCGCGAAUGGCGCCAUCUUAAGAUGUUGAAACGGUUCGGUCGUGGUCAUGAGCCGAGUGGCGUUAAGGGCACAUCACAAGGCGAGUGUGUUGUUGUCUGCCCGGCUUGCCCACAGCCUGGUAAGAAUUUGGUCGACGGCUGGGCACUUGCAACGAAAGCCAACCGUUGGUUAUACGCCACAUUUUUGGCCAUUGACGCGAACUUUCGUUUAAAGAGGCGCAAUGUAUCGAGUGACGAGGCAGACCCCAGUCUAUCUACAGGGUGGUCGUAUUUUGUGGAGGAGACCGACUACAAGUCCUAUCUAGCCCAACAUCUUGGAGGAGCACAGGAGAAGAGUACAUGCUCCAGUCAUAACGCGGUAAAUAUGGCCGAUACUAAAUUGUCGCAGGGACUGGCUGCCACCGGCGUUGGGACGGUGGACUGCGCACGUCACAACAUGAAGCGUGCUAACGGAGUCGGCGAUCUACAAAAGGGCGAGAAGUAUAUAAACAUGGAUUAUCUUUUUUUCUCUAGCUUGCGCGACAAUUCAGUCAAAAUGUUAAACGUGUCCUACGAUAUUGCGUGUCAGUGGCAUAAACACCUCUGGUCACGCAUGGAAUCCCUCCCUCGUUCACAUCAUUUGGAUUACCUUUCGAAGGUCGUACGUUUCUUCGUGCCAAAAUUUCACCUUCCCGCGCACGUCGCAAAGUGCCAGACGAUCUUCUCAUUCAACUUCACACGUUUUGUUGGUCGAACGGAUGGUGAAGCCCCCGAAAGAGGCUGGUCAAACAUCAAUCCCGUGGCUACGAGUACAAAGAACAUGGGCCCCGGGUGUCGGCGAGACACCCUAGACGACCACUUCGGUGACUGGAACUGGAAGAAGGUGGUAGGGUUGGGCGCAUCUUUACUCCAUAAGAUGAAAGAUGCUCGCGUUGAAAAGGCCGAACACCAAGCUGCUUUCGAGGAGUUUGAUGCCGUGAUUACUCCCGAACAUCGCGCAGCGUGGCUAAGUGAAAUGGAAGGUUGGGAAGAGAAUCCUAACGACACCACAAUACUUAAUCCGUUCGAAACCAAAGCUAUUGCAAUCACCCAAGCGGGCGCACGACUAAAACUGGCCGAGCUGGAAGCUGAAGAGCUAGCGCAUGGGGUAGACGUCUCCUUACACCCGGAAAUAUCGCCCAGUGUACUUAUCGCAGCUGGUCUUGAUAUUGAAGAUGAACAACGUCGUCUUACUUCUCUGAUCAAGUCUAUGGGUCUUCAUUCCACUGAUACACAACGGGGCAACCUCGUUCGGCAGCGCAACUCGCUCCGCCGUAAAAUCGAGAUGUGGAAGGGUGUCCAGGUUCUUUACAUGCCUGCGGUACGGAGUCUGGUUCAAGGAGGGCGCGAAGAUCAGAAGAAUGCUGAAGAUAUUACACUGUGGCUACCUUCGCAGCUACGGAACAAGCCCUGUGAUCAGCGCCUCCAGAAUGACGAGUGGGAGUUACGGUAUGCACAAGCCCACGACGCCCUCGAGGAGCUCCGUCAGUGUCUUCGGAUACACUGCUCGCUUCUGACAUUCAAGCGUGAAUGGAUGCGUGGCCAAGGUGCUAAUACACGAGGCCAGAACGCCCUCGCUCGUGUCCACGCCCGGCGCACUAUGUGCGUUAUUCGCUACAGGUCAGCUUGGACAGCGCUUAAGUCCCUGGCUAUGCUGCUGGGGAAGAAGGAUUGGCAUGGCAAGCUGCAGGAACUGGCGGAUGAGCAUAUCAAGCCCCUCGUGGAUCCCUUUGGUAUUGGAGAAGGACGACGUCAGGUUUCGUGGAUCUGGAUGAUGGAGGGCCUCGAUUGUAACGGCUAUGAGAGUGCUGAUGACGGCGUGCGCAUCGAAUGGUGCAAGAGCCGUGCAAGAGCCCUACGAUGGAUGGAAGAGGUAGAAUUGUUGACCGAAGAAAUGGGGAGAGUCAUCCGAUUUUUUGGGUGGGAGGUACAGCGGUGGGAAGAACGGAUAAGUCGCUGUGUGGGGGAGAGCUCUGCUAAUACGGAAGGCUUACGAGCUUAUGCAGCGCGACAGGCUGACAUCCGUCGGAGGCUUGCAGGUCAUUUUCGCGGUCUUUGGGCGCCUUACCUGCCCCAGACGCUGGAGUUACCUCUGCCCAUCAUAUCUCCUCAAGGCGAGCUGCAAUUACCUGACUUAACCAUCCCCGAUAUCCCCCUUGAUGAAUAG